UGCCCUAGAAUUAUGGGUGAACAGGUUGUGACGCCUUACUCUGUUUCGGCGAGGAAUGGCGCCGUUGAUUACGCGCGGAUCGUCUCGGAUUUUGGAUGCAAGCUGAUCGAUCCACAGCUCAUCCAGCGACUGGAGAAGCUGACCAACAAGCCCGCCCAUCCAUUCUUGCGCCGCGGGAUUUUCUUCGCUCACAGGGAUCUAGAGUCCAUUCUCGAUGCGUACGAGCAAGGCCACAAGUUCUUCUUGUACACGGGGCGUGGACCAUCGUCGGAAUCCUUACAUUUGGGCCACCUUGUGCAAUUCAUGUUCACAAAGUACUUGCAGGACGCUUUCGAUGUCCCUCUGGUGAUUCAGCUAUCCGAUGAUGAGAAGUUCAUCUGGAAAGAUAUAAGCCAGGAAGAGUGCCAAAGACUGGGCCGAAACAAUGCCAAGGAUAUCAUUUCUUGCGGAUUUCGUUUGGAGCGGACUUUUAUAUUCUCUAAUUUAGACUAUGUCUCUGGUGCCCUGUUCGACAACGUGCUCACUAUUUCGAGUUUUCUCAGCAGCAAUGCGAUGAGUGCUGUUUUUGGAUUGAACGCAGAAACGGAUGUCCUCGGGAAGCUUUUGUACCCCGCUGUCCAGAUUGCACCAGCAUUCUCGACGUCUUUCGAUGAUGUGUUUGGAGAGGGAAUCAAGAUGAGAUGUCUCAUUCCAUGUGCAAUUGAUCAGGAUCCAUACUUCAGGCUCAGUCGGGAUUUGGCUCCACGCCUCAAGCUCUACAAGCCCGCUUUGAUAGAGUCCCGGUUUCUACCGAGCAUCGAAGCGGGUGACGGUUCUGGCAAAAUGUCUGCAAGUUCUCCCAACUCAGCAAUCUUUGUCACCGAUACGCUGGAGGAGAUCAAGCAAAAGUUGGCUGGUGCUGCCGUGGAGUCUGUGCUCGCGUACCUCACCUUUUUCGAGGAAAACGAUGCCGUUCUUGAAGAAAUGAAAGCGGACUUCUCGUCAGGAAAGAGAUCUCUGGAAGACCUGAAAAACGACCUCAGCAAGGUUCUGUGGGAAGUGCUGGAGAAUCUCCAGCAACUAAAAGCGGAAGUUGACGACAAGAUACUCUCGGAAUUCAUGAGACCAAGAUUGAUACGAUGACAAAAACAGAUCUUAAAAUACUAAUUUGAAAAUAUUGAAAAGAUUAAAAGGUUUCAAAAGUACAAUAUGAGAGAGAAAUGUGAGGAAACCGAGAAAAGACCCUAUCAUCGCUCCCAUUUGCAUCAUCAA